AUGGCGUCGCCUGGCAGCUUCCCGCAGCCGCCGCAGCGCGACUCGUGGUUCGCGCCGCUGUCCGUUGACCUGCUGGUCAAGGUGCUCAAGGUGACCGUGUUCCACCCCUUCGUGACGGCGCUGGUGCCGCUGUGCCUGCGGGCGCGGGCCAUGCUAUGGGACGCGCCGACGAUGCUGGCCGCGUUUGCGUGGGCGGCGCUCGUGUCGCUGUUGUGGGUGGCGUCGGCGGUAAACCAGCGCAUCGCGCACGGCGCCCCGCGCCAGGUCGACCUCGGCGAGGAGGUCAUCGUCAUCACGGGCGGCGCGAGCGGCCUGGGCAUGCUGGUGGCCGAAGUCUACGGCAUGCGCGGCGCCACGGUGGCCGUUCUGGACGUCAACGACAUGGAGAAUGGCGAGGCGCGCGGCGUUACGGCGUACAAAUGCGACGUCAGCGACUACAAGCAGGUCGCGGCGACGGCGCUCAAGAUUGAGGAAGAGCUCGGAACGCCUACGGUACUCAUCAACAAUGCCGCUAUUGUAGUUGGCAAAUCGCUCCUCGACCUUUCAGUGGACGAAAUCGACCGCAGCCUCACGACAAACCUCCUCGGCCCGUUCUACUGCCUCAAGGCGUUCCUACCCGCGAUCAUCCGCAGCGGCAAGGGCGGAACCAUUGUAAACAUCUCGUCCGUUAUCGGCCACCUCGGUGCGGCCCAGCUCAGUGACUACGCCGCGGCAAAGGCUGGCCUCUCCGCGAUGCACAGGUCCUUGGCGGCGGAGCUGCGCGAGUCGCACCCCGAGAUCAAGACGGUGCUCAUCACGCCGGGUCAGCUGAGCACACCGCUGUUCUACGGGGUGCAGACGCCGAGCAGCUUCGUCGCCCCGGUGGUGGAGCCCGUGGAGGUAGCCAAGGAGAUCGUGGCGGCCAUCGAUCAGGGCAACGGCGCGACGACGGGGAUGCCGCUGUACGCGCGAUGGAUCGACUGGUACGCGGUGCUGCCGGCGGGCGUGCAGGUGCUGGCCAGGAAGAUUUCGGGCGUGGACAGGGGGAUGCGGACGUUUAUCGGGAGACACGGCGCGGCAGAAGGCAAGAAGCAACGAUGA